AUGGCACGGUUAGAUAGCCAGGCGAUACUAGCGGGUUUUGCUGCUAUGAGAGAUGGCACUUCAGGAUACGGGUUCGAAAGCGACGACUUCGAAAGCGACUACUUCGGAAGCAGAGGCUCUGGAGCUGAAGAUGGCGACACUGCUUCGCAGUUAGCCGACGAAGACCGCCUGGCAGCUACUCAGCCAGACGCGUUAGAUAAUGACGACAGCGACAGUUCCUCUGAAGGGAGUAUCGGUAAUGUCUCGACCAUCGCGCCGUCUGUUGAGUAUGGUGGUUUAGACUUUAAUAUCGACCGUAGUACGGUGCUGGAUUGGGUCUGUGACGAUAGUCUCGAUGAAUAG